AACCAAGUACAUUUGGCCACCAAUCGUAGAAGUAGGCCAUACGACCCUUCCAUCACCCCUUCGCCACUUCCCUCUACCACCAUCAUGGCACCACAAUGUGCACCCUACAUGAUCCCCACGCCCCCUAGCCGAGGCGACACUCCGGCCAACAAUCAGGCAGCAGUGGCAGGUCUUUUGCGCCAGAAGUAUCGCCAGUCGCAGAUGGCAGCUGCCCCAGUACGUGCCCAGACUGCUCCCAAGACUUCCACUAGUGGUCCCUCUCCACCUCCUGGCUGCCCAAUGCAUGCUGGCGGUAGCGGCAGCAGCGAUGACAGCGCUAGCUCGACACAGGCGACCAGCAUCAAUCCAGCCAACAAUAUGCCCUUUAACCUCGCCCUGCCUUCGUCUUCCUCCUCCGCCUCAUCGUCAGCGAGCGGGAGCAAUGUCAAGCUCUCUCGAGAACGAGUAGUGUCUUCCAUUCCUCGAGGCUCUGCCUCACCUCUUCCAGGAGCAUCUCCAUACGACCCUCCUGCUCCUCCCUCUGCCUGCCCAGUGGCACACGGCAAAGGCAAAGACGCAGACACCGCCCCAUCGCGCUGGGAGUACCCUUCAGCAGAACAAUUUCAAGCUGCUCUAGCUCGAAAGAAUAAAGCAGCCCCAGAGGAGCAUGUGGAGAUGAUGGUGGCGGUGCACAACUUCAUGAACGAGGAGGCAUGGAAGAUUGUUGUGGAGUGGGAAAAGGAGUUUGGGACGGAUACAGAAGACCUUUCUCUGCUCAGGUUCCAGGGAAGGCCGGGAGAGCUGAGCCCGAGAGCGAGAUGGUAUGGCUUCAUGGGCUCGAUUUGGCCCAGUCGCUACAGCUCAACACCGCCUUUCGAUCGCCAUGACUGGAUCAUCGGCCGACCAGACGGCACGACUGCCCGCUACGUCAUCGACUACUACGGAGACGACGAAGCAGAUGCUCGGGACGAGCAGCGUCGUCUAGCACGAGAGAGGGAUGCGGCAGUCAAGAGGGGGAGCUCAGCGAUGCCCAAGAAGGAGCAGGAGGAGGAAGACGAGGAGGACGAUGAUCAGGCGAGGUUCGUUCUGGAUAUUAGACCGGCGCUGGAUAGCUUUGAGGCUGUUCGCGUCAGGGCGAGGAGGGCUUUCAGGGAGUCUAUGUCGUAGCAGGGCGUGGGUUAUGUAUGACUUUCGCAUCCCUCAAAUCAAUACACCACUACCUGACCAAGCAUCGGUGCUCA